AAAAAAAGUAUUUUUGUUCUUCAGUUUGCCGCUGCCGAAGAUCGCCUGCCGCCUUAAUGUAAGUACCCAGAUAAAGGUGAGGGGUAGCGAAUCACAGCUUUGGCGGUCUGGAAUACGUAAAGCUUAAGGUCUUCCUCUUUUUUUUUCUUCCCCUUCUCCGUCAUACCGAGAAGAUACCAUAGUCUGUAGUAUGAUAUAAAUUGGCACAACUAGAGGUCCUACAUACGAACCCCCCUCCUUCCAUACACCACCCCUCUUAGAAAACUAACACUCUAACCAGUUCGAUAUUGACGCAUACCAUGUCCUUUCUUCCUCUCCCUCCACGCCAACUCUUUUAUGACGGCAAAGUUCAGUCUGCUUCAUCCGGCAAGACUUUUCAAUCUGUCAAUCCCUCCGACGCCACCCCGCUUGCCGAAAUUCAAGUUGCCUCCCAUUCUGAUAUUGACGCAGCUAUCGCUGCUGCUGACCGAGCAUUUCCCUCCUGGUCACAAACCCCUCCUAUUGCUCGCGCGCGUAUCCUCCAGAAGGCGUCUCUUAUACUCCGUGAACGAAAUGACGAAAUCGCUCGGGUUGAAUCUCUAGAUUCCGGGAAGGCUUUCACAGAAACUAGUACAGUGGAUGUUGUCACAGGCGCUGACGUUCUGGAGUACUAUGCGAACCUUGUUGGAGGGGGUGGUCUGAACGGGGAGACCACUCAGCUGAGAGAAGACGCUUGGGUGUUCACUAAGAAGGCUCCUUUGGGAGUCUGUGUGGGAAUCGGUGCAUGGAAUUAUCCCAUCCAAAUUGCCCUCUGGAAAUCCGCCCCUUGCCUUGCUGCUGGAAACACCAUGGUCUACAAGCCCAGUGAAUUUACACCGCUUCAUGCGCAGACUUUGGCAGAGAUUUACAAGGAAGCUGGACUUCCUGAUGGUGUGUUCAACAUUGUUUAUGGUGCCGGUGAUGUUGGUGCUUACCUGACCUCCCACCCAACAAUCGCCAAGGUCUCCUUCACUGGCCAGGUGGCCACUGGAAUGAAGGUCGCCGGUUCCGCCGCUGGCAACAUGAAAUAUGUAACCAUGGAACUUGGAGGGAAAAGCCCUCUGGUUAUCCUUCCUGAUGCAGAGCUUGAAAAUGCUGUCGAUGGAGCUAUGAUGGCCAACUUCUACAGUACCGGUCAGGUCUGUACCAAUGGCACCCGUGUGUUUGUGCCUUCUAGCAUGAAAGUAGCUUUCGAGCACCACUUGCUCGAAAAGAUGCAGUACAUUCGCCCCGGCCCCUUGUUCGAUGAAGCUACCAACUUCGGCCCCUUGAGCUCCGCCGUCCAUCGUGAGAAGGUAAUUUCCUAUAUUCGUCAUGGUAUCGAGACGGACAAGGCUACCCUCCUUUACGGCGGGCUUGGCAAGCCUCAAGUUUCAAAGGAGCUAGAGAACGGAUUCUGGGUCCAGCCCACCAUUUUCACUGAUUGCAAGGAUGACAUGCUUAUUGUCAAGGAAGAGAUAUUUGGCCCCGUAAUGUCGAUUUUGUACUACGAGACCAUUGAAGAAGCCGUCCGACGGGCCAACGCUACCGAGCUUGGCCUGGCGGCAGGUGUCUUCACCAAGGAUGUCAACUUGGCCCAUCGCAUUAUCGACCAACUCCAGGCGGGUAUUACUUGGGUAAACACCUGGGGAGAAAGCCCGGCUGAAAUGGCAGUGGGUGGAUGGAAGAAGAGCGGUCUCGGCGUUGAGAACGGCCGUAGGGGUAUUGAAGCUUGGGUGAAGAACAAGAGCACUCUUGUCGAUAUGAAUGGUGCUGUAGCAACUGUAUUUGCUAAGCUCUAGGCAAUGACUGGCACAUAGAUGUUUUAAAAAAUAGUUGGAGCCAUUACUUAUGUCUAUUUUCUUUCCUAAGCACUUCACGAUAUAUGUGACUUGAGACAAAUGAACCAUACAUGCACACUUUACGACAAUGAACUUGGCCACAAAAUUAUAUAA